AUGGAAGUCAAUGGCGAACCGGUCUGGGUUGAUCUUGGUCAGACCAAGAUGCCACAUCUUCGCAGUUAUCUACGAGCUCGACCCAACUUCGAUCCUACCGUUGCACGUGACCAACAAGAGAGCUUAGGCCACACUUGGGCCAAGGAGUUUUGGGACCGCGAACACAGCGGAACGACGCCUCCGGCGGAAUGGUACGAGAGCUGGACCACUCUCAAAAGCAAGUCAGGCAGCGGCUCAUUACAGUCUCAAGGGACGGUGAUUGCCUCUUGGAACAAAUUGAAGGAGGCGUAUGAAGAUCCCGACAGAUCCUUCUGUUCCGAUGACAACAGUCUUGAGGAAGACAAGGACUCUGAGAUGGAAGAGGGCGGAUCUAAGAAUGUGAUCAAGUUUGUACCCUCGGCUUCUGCACUCGGUGGUGACGAGGAUUGGCGAGGAAGGCUUUCUAGAAAGGAAGUCAAGACCUUUGAGGCAAUGCUGGAGGUAGCUGUUUUGCAAGACCAGCUCUGCUUCCGUUUGAUCCGCGAAUGCGUCGAAAAGGUCAUUACGCCUGACGAAAGACCACGCGCUGCCAUCCCCACGGGCAAUCCCUCCGCUGAUCACCUGAGAUAUGUCUUUGACUCCAUUAACAAGCUCUUCGACCGUCUACGCAAGAGUAUGAGACUACCAGACAAUUCUCGAGUCCCCCACCUGCGACCACUGGACCACUAUCUGGAAUGGGAAGUCAGGCAGGCGCACAUGGAGUCUCGCGUAGCUGAAGGGAUGUCAGAACUGCUAGACAGGAUAGACGUCGUCUUGCUUGCCUUGGGCGUGCCAGCUCCACGCGGUGAGACCGUCGUCUCGGACAGGCUGAUCCAUCAGUACCUGUACAGGUUGAGCGACUGUCAGGAGAGGGUGAUGACGCAUCGUAAGAACGCUGAUCGGGCGCGUCAAGUGCAGGGUCCCAGACGCGCAGGAACAUCGAGCGAGCUCGGUCAGCGACGAGGCUCCCGGUAUGUCUCCAGGCCGCUUAGUCUUGCGACCGGUGUUCGCGAUGGUACGAAUUCAAGGGCCUCAUCUGCCUCGGCGGGCUCUCCUGUUGCAGCAUCCCCGGUCUGA